AUGAAGCUUAGAGAAAUUUAUGAAAAAGAAAUCCUGAAGCAAUUUGGUACAAGAUAUUUAAAUGAAGAUUUUGUUGAAGAAGAUAUUAAUCAGGAGGAGUAUGAAGGAAUGAUUUUCAUGAAGAUUAGGAAAAUCAAUUUGUUGACUGAAAAUGGAAUCAAUAACUUCCCAACAAAUAAAAUUGCUCAAGAAGACAACAUAAAUGAUGAUGAUGAUGAUGAUGAUGAUGAAGAUAAUGACAAUAAAUAUGAAUUUGAUUACAGCUAUUGUAGUAUUCACAGAAGAAAAGCAAACAACAAUAGAAAAAAGGAAAAGGAAAAAGAUCAAAUGAAGAAGACACAACAUAAACAAGGUCCAACUGAAAAGAAAACCGAGUCAAGAAAGAGAAAAGCCAUAUCUUCAAAAAGUAAAGAUCAAAUACGUGAUGAAAAUGAAGAUGAUUCCGAUUCUGCAACAAAAGAUAUAAAGAAAAGAAAGAAGAAGAUAAUAAAGAAGCAUUUUGACACAAUCAGAAACAGAUGUACACCUGGAGUUGUGUUUUCCGUUAUACAAGGCUUCAAUGAAAUGAAAGAGGUCCCAGGGGCCUUAAGCUGCUUUGUUCUUAAGAAUUUUAACUCCGAGACAAAGAAGAUAGUUCUUCAAAAAGGAGUUAUUGAUGUCACCAAAGAAUCCAUCAAAGAAAUUCUUGGAUUUCCUUUGGGAAGAAAACAGUUUUCAAAACAUCCAUUCAGAACAAAAGAAGAUAAAUGUUAUGAAGAAUGGACAAACCAGUUGGAUGACAAGAAGAUGAUUCGACUUCAAGAUAUAAAGAUGAAGAUUGUUUCCACCAACAAGUCUUUUGAUCCAUCAAAUCCAACAAGCAAUUUUAAUGGACCAUUUGCUUAUUUGGUGUUACUUAACAUUCAAAGAACACGUCCAAUGUUCUGCCAUUGGACUUUAGAGAAAAUAAAGAUGAGAGAAACAUUUGAAAAGGAUAAACUUGGUGAUUUUGGAACAGGGGAUUUCAAUGAUGAGUAUGUUGAUGAAGAACUGAACGAGGAAGCUUAUGAGCAUGUGGUUAUGAAUAAGUAUAGGAAGUUACAUAUGUUAAUUGAAGAUGAUAAGAGUGAAGAUAAUCAAGAAAAAAAUGGGAAUGAUCAUGUUGAAAAUGACAAUAGUGAUGAUGAUGAUAACAAUGGAGAUGAUAAUGAUCAAUCAAAGAAAAAGAAUGUAGGAAGGGAAAAUAUUCAAAGAGUUAUGGGACAAGAAAAUGAGAAUCUUAAAGGAGGAGAGGAACAACAACGAAAAAAUAAAGAUGAGGGAGGUGAAGAUAUUAAAAUAACAGAUGAAAAUGAUAUUAAUGAUCAAGGUUUGGAUUACAUGAAUUUGAAUGAUGAAGGUGUUGAAAAUGAAAAAGGUGGUGAUAAUGAAGAACAAAAUGCUGAAGGAGAAGUAAACAAGAAUAUAGAUUAA